AUGGCCACAGGUGCAGCUGGAGAUGGACUUCUCCGGGGUGUAUUUGAAGGGUGCAUUUCAGGCAGCGAUAUGGGAAUCCAGAGAAGGCCAUAUCAUAAAAAUUGCAGGCGGUCUUGGAGCGAAGGUUGCCUCGCAUUGAUGGGUGUCGGAAUCUCGUCCUCGCCUUGUUCCUCCCCAGCUAGAUCGCCUAGAGAGAUAACAAGGACGCAAACACAAACGCAAUUGAUACAAUGUAAGGAAGAAGAAGAGACUAAGGCGAUGGUGGCGGUCGCAAAGGUGGUGGUCGUGCAGGUGAUGGUUGAGUUGACUUUGGGUUGCUGGUUUGCAGAUGGUGGCGGUCGCGAAGGCGACGGUCGUGCAGGAGAUGGUGGUGCCACGCCUUGCGGAGGUGCAGCUGCUAUGAUCUGUUCUAGGGAAGCGUCGGAGCCUCUGCAAGCAGAGGUGCAGCUGCUGCGCAGUGCCCUACGACUAUCUGUACUUUCUAAGCUGAGUCUGUCACAGAUUGUCGGCGAUCUGAAAUUUUUAUAG